GAGUGUUUGCCGUGGUGUGGACGUUGCGGUGGGCGCGAGCCCGGUCCUGCAUUAUGCUCACUCAAUGUAUCAAAUUGUACGUCUCACUUCAACAAAUGUAAGCGAUACUUUGAUCUCUGUCAAAUGCAAAACUGUAGCACCUCUCACUUUCGUGCACGCAACCCCCAUAUUUUUUCUCUUUCUUCCAGUCAACAAGACGUCGUCUGUCCUUUGCCUUUGGUGUAAAUCGGCGUGAAUCCGUCUCUGUCUCCCGUUUUAUAAAAGUCGGACCCCAGCAAGGGUCACAUCUGUCCCUUUCUAUCGCCCAUUAUAAGGCGACAAAUCACAUCGCUCUCUUUCAUUCACCGUACCUAUUUAUGCUCCAUAAAAACUACCCUCCUUCAGCAGCAGGAGCGGGGGUGCUAAUAUCGGCCGAACAAACGAAAAAGUUUCAAAUUCAGUCCAACACCGGCGACCAAAAGUGCAGCAGCGUUUUUAAAAAUAGAGUGUGUGGUUCGUGAGUGUCGUGCACCCAUGCAUUUGCCCAUCAACGCCCAGCAGCCGUCGAUCAUGGACAUGUACGCCAGCCUGCAAGAGACCCUCCAGGAGUACCACGGCGAGCUGGUGCAGACGGGCAGCCCGGCCGUGCUCUGCAGCGUGCUGCCCUCGCACUGGAGGAGCAACAAGAGCCUGCCCAUCGCCUUCAAGGUGGUGGCCCUCGACGAGGUCCGCGACGGCACCACGGUCACCCUGAAGGCGGGCAACGACGAGAACUACUGCGCCGAGCUGCGGAACUGCACGGCGGUGAUGAAGAACCAAGUGGCCAAGUUCAACGAUUUGCGGUUCGUGGGGCGAAGCGGUCGCGGGAAGAGCUUCACCCUCACCAUCACCAUCAGCUCGGAGCCCUACUACCAGAUCGCCACCUACAACAAGGCCAUCAAGGUGACCGUGGACGGGCCCCGGGAGCCCCGGACCAAGUCAAAUUACCAGUAUGGGUACGGCUUGCCCGGAAUGCCCGCUGGAUUCAACCCCUUUUUGUUGAAUCCGGGAUGGCUGGAUGCGGCAUACAUGAGCUAUACGUGGCCGGAUUACUUCAGGGCCAGGACGAAUGUGCCCACGCAAACCAAUCUACAUGCCUCACUUAUUAAAGGUGCUACUCAACUGCCCCCCACCAACGGCGAGUUCUACCUCCCCCCUCAGCCGCAGUUCCACCCCCCGCACAACUUCCUCCCCCCGAACGGCAUCCUCCCCCAGCUCUCUCUCAGCGACUCUCCACUCCUGCGCCCUUCGGUGGGCCCCAUGGACCAGCUAAGUCUUCGGAUAUCGCCAGUGUCCAACAGCCAAAGUCCCACCGCCCAAGAGACGAAAAUCCACUCAACUGUCGAUCAAUCCACUUCGGAAAACUCGGACGACGAAGACAUCGACGUGGUCAAAUCGGCCUUCGUUCCAAUCAAACCUGCCAACCUUAUCUUGCAAGAAGUCCAACCUGACUCCACUGUGCAAGACAAGGAGUUGAAGAAAAACGAGCUGAAAGCUCCAAGUUCGAGGAGUAUCAAGAGUUUGGCCGAGGAGAAGAGUCCCAAUACGAAGAUUCAUCACCAGCAGGAAAUUACGGCGACGAAAAGUGUGUGGAGGCCGUACUAAGGGUACUUGGGGUAGUUGUCGGUUAGAUGCAAUAUUGUGUAAAGUGUGUAAAUAGACUAAUUUAUUGUAAAUAUGUACAGUGCGAGAAAGCGUGUAAAUUGUGUUAGUUCUUCGAGAUUUUAAAGAGUACCGCAAUUGUGAUAGCAGGUACUAUAGGUACUAGAGACUUUAGAUAUUUUUGUACAAACAACGUGCUCCUUUAUAAAGAUCUAGCAAAUACUAAAAUAAACCAAUUAUUGCUAUAAA